AUGACAGAAAUGGGACGUAACGAGCAAUUGCAACUUCUGCUUAAGACAAUAGCACUUCUAGUAUUAUUGUGGUUAGUUAAAGAAUUCAUAAAAAAGACCACACCAGAAAAUCUUGGACAAUUUACUAAUAAUAUUUACACGGAAGAAGACGCUUUUGGUAAAGUGAUAACAAGGGACUCGCGAGGAUGGGUUAUAGAUACACGCCUUAGUGAUGGUAAAAUUACUGACGACUUUGUCUUAGCUCAUCUGAACAAUCCACCAAAUACUCCAAUCUACGUUUAUCCAAUGGAAAUUGAUGAAUAUGUGUCAAGCGAUAUUAUCAUGAAAGGUGAAUAUGAACCGUACAACGUUAAAAUAAUGAUCCAGUACAUGAAACGUUUUCCUAAUGCUGUUUUCUUGGACUUGGGUGCAUUCGUUGGGUCGUUCUCAAUUGCUAUAGCAGCUCUUGGAUACACAGUUGUAGCGGUGGAAUGUUUGAAAUCAAGUGUAAAGCGAUUGUAUGCCUCGAUGAAAAAAGCAGGAGUAAGUGAUAGGAUGUCUAUCAUACACAACGUAAUAUCAGAUAAACGUAAACCAGUCGUAAUUGAGACGGAGCCAGGUAAUAUGGGAUUGACUCAUGUUGACUUACGCAAAUCGGAAGGCAUAGAAAUCGUUGAGUCAAUUGUCCUUGAUGAUCUUUUAGAAAUUUUUCAAUUCAAAGAAGCUAUUAUAAAAAUGGAUGUUCAUCAAUUUGAAGAUAUGGUUCUGAAUGGUGCAUACAAAUUCUUCAAAAAAGUUAACGUUGAAGCAGUGCUAAUGGAAUUUAUUCAUCAUCGAAGUGAUAAUUAUGACAAUGACGGCAAAUUUAUAGUAGAUUUUAUGGAAGCUCAUGGUUUUGAGCCAGAUGUACCAGAGGACAUUAAACAGGAUUAUAAAAAAUGGACAAAGGCUGAAAUUUUAUUUAAGAGAAAUAAGCCGUUUAGUGAUACCCUAUAGGCACAUACUGCUCAUAAAACUAUUUCACAAAUGAUUUUGUAGCGUUUGGAAAGCAUAUCCCAAAAAAGUAAAAAUACAUGAAACAGUAUGAGUUUGGAAACCACUGUGUUAACAUUAUAUGUUGAAAGUUGUCAUGCAUCACUCCAGCGAACAAAUCUAGAACCUUG